GAAAUGGUAUCGUCCAAACAUGGCAGCCUUCGUAUGGAAGCGGUGUGUGACAGCAGCAGUCAAAGUUAAACAUUUAUCUCCGUCUCUGUCAGCCAGAAGAUGGUUGCUCUCAGCGGCUUACACAGAUACCAAAGUGUGGGAGGCAAGAGAGAAAGAUCCUCAGAACCUGGCUGUACUGGCCACCACUAUGGAGAGGACGUAUGAAAGGAAUCUUCCAGUUAGCUCUCUAACUGUGUCACGGUUUGUUGACAAUGUUUCAUCUCAAGAGGAAGUUGAUCAGGCGGAGUACUACCUUUACAAGUUUCGUCAUAGUGCAAACGGUUGGUACCUGAGAGACUGGACCAUUCACAGCUGGGUCAGACAGUGUCUAAAAUAUGGGCUCAGGGAGAAGGCCCUGCACACACUUAAAAACAAGGUACACAACACAUUAUAUGGAAUAUUCCCAGAUGACUUUACAUUCAACCUACUCCCUUGAUUCCUUACAUUAACGGACGGAGACUUUAAAAGUGCAUGCUCUGUGGUUGAAGAGGUGAUGCUUCAGGAGGCCUUUGACCUUCCCUCCACACAGAUCCUGUCUCUGUAUGCUCUGGCCAGUUACCUAGCGACCAGACCCCAACUCACAGUGUCAGAGGAGCGGGCAUUGGGAGCAUCACUCCUCAUCUGUGGGAUGAUGCAAGACAACACUGUUGGCCUCAGCGCUCAGCUACUUGGCAAUGCUCUCCUAGGUAAGGUGGAGAUGCUAAAGGGCAUACAUGCCGUCUUCAAAAGGAUGCCUCUCUUCUGGGGUCAUGGGUAUCUGGGCCGAGCGCUGGCUGUCAUGGAGAGAGCUGCCUCUGGUGAUGUGAAGCUGUCCAAAGACACACUGGACUACGUGAGUGACUUGCUGCAAGAACUGUCUUCCACCUCAGACACUGACUCAUCCGGAGAGGAGUCAGCAGGUGAAGAGGACAAGAAAGGAGACGCCAUAGAUGAAGAUGAUCAGGCCGAGCAGGCUAAGCUGCCUCAAUAUGCCAGCAGGUUCAAGGAACUGAGAAGCCAGCUGGAGUCUCAGGGCAGAGUGGACUCUGCCUCCUUGCAGGCUUUAGUGACCUCUCUGGCCCAGCAGAACCUGGCAGCUGCGGAGAAAUCUGACUUGGAGCAGUACGAGAGCCGGGUACAGGCCUGGGAGGCCGAGAGGAGGCAGCUGAUCAAGAGAGAGAAAGAGAUGAGGGAGAAGGCCGAGCAGGAGAAACAGGAGCGCUUAGCUGCCAAGGCUGCAGCCCAGCAGGCAUAGAGACUCUCACGAUGCAGCUGAAUCAAGAUCACUGAACUUUCCAAUGAGUACGUACAUUACAAUUGUUUAUACGUAGAUUAUAACAGGAGUUUUGUCCCUAAAAUUGGGAAAUGGCAACAUUGUCAACAUUACAUCUUCUUUUGUCAUUAAUUAUUUUCAUAUUUGUCAAUUAUUGUGUGCUUAUGUGAUUGUUCUGUUUUUAUAGAAUAAAAUGGGGCGAAUAUACA